AUGGUGCUAUCAUCGAUUCUUGAGGCUGUGGCAUUGUUCAAGCUCUGGAAACAUAACCAAACUCGAGGAUCUAUAUAUGGUAUAUCAUUUGAUUUUGUGGUGUUGACUUUGGUACAAAAUCUCACGGGUUUGGCGUAUCAAUUAGCAUAUUUGAUUCCUCACAUUAAGACCUUAUACAAUCUAAGAUCUCCAGUACAUCCCUUAAACUUGAGUUUCAUGAAACUGUUGGUAGAAAUACCAACUUUGGUUAUAUCGGGAGCCAUGGUAAAUCAGAUUUAUCGGUUAUAUGGCACCAAACGUGAUGAGCAAAGUGUUAGUGUAAUAUGUAUGGGGUUCCUAUUGAUUAACUUUGUCAUCUUGAUGUGGAUAUUAUUCUGUAGUUUACGAAGUCGGUACACAUUGAACCUUCUUGAUCUUGUGGAGGAUCUAUAUUUGAUUCACCAACAGGCGGGAUUUUUCAAGUUAUGGCCCCAAGGUCUCAUGAACUUUAUCAUUCUUCAAAAUAACGUUAGUAACGAGUACAUUAACUGGAAUUUCAUGGCUCUUGGACUGAUGAUGUUGACGAAAUUAUGGCAGUUGAAUACUCCUUGGUAUUCCAGACCCAUAAAUAGUCCAACAUUCAUAUACAUAAUAGCCAAUAGCAUAAAUAUGGUGAUAUUGAAAUAUCAAAAAAGAGGACAACGGGUUGAGUCAAAUUUACAUAGAGUUUAG